AUAUUAUAGUCUAUAACACUCUAUAGUAUGUUGGUGUAGUAUUUUCAAUUUUCUCGUGGUGUUAGGUGUUACUCUUUAGCAGUUCGACGUGUUUUACUCGCCGGUCGGUAGUUGUACACUUACACUGUACUUGUUUGCGGUUAGAAGUCGCUGAAGCGCGCAGGCACUUACUUUUCUGUGGCAGUCGACGACUCUAUAGUUAACUGCACAACAUAUUAUGCCAAAUACCUAUUUAGUUAAAUACGAAAAUAUACAAUUCACAAUUUACAGUUUGCAGAGCACGCUGUACGUCUGUAUAGUUAGUCUAUGGUCAUAGUAGUCGGUGCACAUUACACACUAUUCAUUAAGUUACAAUACUUAAUUGUUACUACUAAAUAAUAACACGUUUCAACAACUUUUUACUGGAUCCGAGGCUUUCUAGUGCAAGUAUUUGAAUAGUCUAGAUCGCAAACAUUUGACACUUCCCCAUGGAUGAAAAGGAAUCCAAUGAAACUGUUAAAAUCUCCUCUUCGCCUCUGGCCAACACUAAGGUUCAGAGUGUCAUACCAAAAAACAGGUCAGAAGUCUUGAAGUGGAACGGCUGGGGAUAUAGAGAUUCAAAGUUUAAAGUUACCGAACAGGGAAUGAUUCGUUUUACUGGCAAUAGGUAUUCAAUUGGAGAAACAGAUUUGCCUUUUUUUACUCAAUGGGUCCAACAAGUAUUAAAUAUUGACCUAACUCUAAGGAAUGUGCCUAGAGAGAAGUUCAGUUCCAUAGAGAUUCCAUCUUCCCGUGUAUCUACGAAAUUAUUAAACAUCUUAAAAGAAAUGAAAAUUGACCAUACAACUGACAGCUCAGCUAGACUUUUGCGAUCCCAUGGACAAACACUUUAUGAUAUUUAUUCCCUCAGAUAUGGUAAAUGUUUUCCACGCAUUUGUGAUUUAGUAGUCUGGCCUGCAAAUCAUAACGAUGUUGUAAGCAUAGUUGAAUUAGUCAAUGUGCAUAACAUUGUACUUGUUCCGUUUGGCGGUGGAACUAAUGUAUCUGGGGCAGUAUCGUGUCCUGCUAAUGAAAAUAGAUGUAUAGUCAGUGUGGACACUUCACAAAUGAACCGUUUAUUGUGGUUGGAUGAAUCAAACUUACUGGUAUGCUUUGAAGCCGGAGUCAUUGGUCAAGAUUUAGAACGAGAACUAAACAAACGAGGCUAUACAUGUGGACAUGAACCCGACUCUUAUGAGUUUUCUAGUUUAGGUGGUUGGGUCGCUACUAGAGCGUCGGGCAUGAAGAAAAAUGUGUAUGGCAACAUUGAAGAUUUAGUAAUUGAUGCUAAAAUGGUCACUUGCAGAGGGGUGGUCGAAAAAAACAGUAAGGUCCCAAGAAUGUCAAGUGGACCCGAUUUUCAACAAAUCGUAUUAGGGUCAGAAGGUACAUUAGGCAUAAUUACAGAAGUGACCUUAAAAAUUCGACCUCUUCCAGAUUGUCGUGUUUAUGAUUCUGUGGUUUUUCCUGAUUUUGAAUCAGGAGUAAAAUGUAUGAGAGAAGUAGCCAAACAAAGAUGUCAACCUGUGUCUAUACGAUUAAUGGAUAACACACAGUUCAGAUUUGGCCAGGCGUUACGUCCUGUUGAAAACACAUUUGGAAACUUGUUAGAUACUUUCAAGAAAACUUACUUGACUCAUGUUUGUGGUUUUCGUUUAGAGUCUAUUUGUGUUAUGACACUCCUUUUUGAAGGUAAACGGUCUAAAGUAGUUUCACAUAGAAGUUGCAUCGCUAAAAUAGCUGUGUCUUUUGGUGGUGUAACUGCAGGAGAGAGAAAUGGAGAACGUGGUUAUAUGCUGACCUUUGUUAUAGCUUAUAUACGUGAUCUCGCGUUAGAAUAUAGAGUUGUAGCUGAAUCGUUUGAAACAUCAGUAUCCUGGGAUAAAACUCUCAGUUUAUGUGAAAAUGUCAAAAAAACUGUAGCAAAUGAAUGCAAUAAACUUAAUAUCAAGUAUUACUUGAUUAGCUGUCGCGUAACACAGACAUACGAUUCCGGUUGUUGCGUUUAUUUUUAUUUUGGAUUUAAUUGGACCGGACUAGAUGAUCCAGUAUCAACUUACCAUCAUAUUGAAACCAUAGCCCGAGACACUAUUAUGGCUUCUGGAGGGUCUAUCUCUCAUCAUCAUGGCGUGGGUAAAUUACGGGCACAUUGGUAUGAGAAACACAUGUCUAAAACGGUACUAUCGCUUUACAGUGCAUCUAAAAAGAUGCUAGACCCGAAUAACGUAUUUGCUAAUGGUAAUCUUAUUAGUUUUCCACUGUCCAAAAUAUAAACAAUGAUUUAAAACCUAGUCACAUUUUAGUGUAAGUCUUCAACAAAUAAAAUUUUUUAUAUUGA